UACGUAUACGUAUGUCUCUUCCGCUUAACACGUGUGUUUGUAAUGGCUGUAUAGUAGCCAUUGCGGCUAUAUUUGCUGUUGAAUUAACCAAAAUAUUAAGUAAAACGUUGCAAGUUAUUUAAUACAAUGGGGAAAUUAAAUGUCGUAAUCUUGAAGUACCUUAACAGAGAUGAUUUCCGGGUCCUCACUGCCGUUGAAAUGGGCAUGAAGAAUCAUGAAAUUGUCCCUGUGAGUCUCAUCGCUUCUAUUGCGAGUCUCAGACACGGGGGUUGCAAUAAGAUCCUGAGGGAACUCGUGAAGCACAAGUUGGUGGUUUAUGAACGCUCAAAAACCGUUCAGGGUUAUCGUCUGAACUACGGAGGCUAUGAUUAUCUGUCUUUAAAAACAUUUUCUUCAAGAGAUGUUCUCACGUCUGUUGGGAACCAAAUGGGUGUGGGGAAAGAGUCAGAUAUCUACAUUGUUGCAAAUCCAGAAGGAGAGCAGCUUGCUCUGAAGCUUCACCGACUGGGAAGGACGUCGUUCCGCAACCUCAAGAACAAGCGGGAUUACCACAAGCACAGAAACAAGAUGUCCUGGCUCUACCUGUCACGCCUCUCUGCAAUGAAGGAGUUUGCCUACAUGAAGGCUCUGUAUGACCGAGGGUUUCCUGUCCCUAAACCAGUGGAUUACAACAGGCACGCUGUGGUCAUGGAGCUCAUCAAUGGAUAUCCUCUAUGUCAGAUUCGCAGCAUUGAAGAUCCUGCUGCUUUGUACAAUGAGGUCAUGGAGCUGAUUGUGAAACUGGCCAAUCACGGGCUGAUCCACGGAGACUUCAACGAGUUCAACCUCAUGCUGGAUGACAAAGACCACGUCACCAUGAUCGACUUCCCCCAGAUGGUGUCCACCACUCAUCAGAAUGCAGAAUGGUAUUUUGACCGAGAUGUGAAGUGCAUUCGCGAUUUCUUCAGCAGACGGUUCAAUUACGAAAGUGAGCUGCACCCCACGUUUAAAGACAUCAGGAGAGAGUGCUCGUUGGACGUAGAGAUCUCUGCCAGCGGCUACACCAAAGUCAUGCAGGAGGACGACCAGCUCCUACACCCAGCUGGCCCUGAGGAUGAGGAGGAGGAGGAGGAGGAGGAGGGGGAUGAAGAUGAAGGCCACACCCAGGCCUCAGACACGCUGGCCGCCCUGUCGGAGGGGGAAAUGGAGGAGUUCAGGCACGCUCUGCAAGAGCUGGAUGGGCUGAGGGUGGGGGAGGGGGACCGGUCCAGUCAGGGAACCGCACGGUCCGACAGCCACCUCGAACCCGAUCCAACAGAACUAGAAUCAGAGGACUGUGAAACACACGAACAAAAGGCCCAGGAACCACAGGAACCAGAAGAACCAAAGGUCCAGGAACCCCAGGAAACGGCAGAAUCGGAGGUCUAUGAAGAGGAAGAGGCCGAUGCCAGUGAAGCACUCAGCCCAGAGGCCUGUGUUUACCCAGUGUGUGACAGGGACCUGGAGGAGGGCGAUGGGUGUCCUGAAUUACUCAACAUCUCCGCUGCCAAUAAAGAGUUCAAGCCAUUCAGAGACCAGGAGAGCCUGCUUCACAUCCAGGAACACAGGAGGAGAACCACCAGUGAAACAACUGUGGGGAGUGUGGCCAGUUUCUCCACCAUACCACCGGAGCUGGUGAAGCAGAAGGUGAAGAGGCAGCUCAGUAAGCAGCAGAAGUCAGCACAGAGACGGCGUCUGCAGAAGGGCGAGGCCAACCUGGUGACGAAGGCCAGGCGGGACAACCUCCACAACAUCAAGAGCAGCCUGGAGGCCGCCUCCUUCUGGGGCUGAGCUACGGACGCAGGGAUUGGCAGCUUCACACGCCACUCAAGGGCUGAGGAGGCGGAGCCCGCUACACAGACUGUGGGCUCUUUCCGAUUGCUUAUUUUUCACCUCCUGUCUCCUUGUUCCUUGACCAAGAAAUCGAUCAACGUCUGCUGUUUUUAUGGAAAUUCUCUUAACUGUUCCUUCAAGGAGCUAGGAGGUUCCUGAAGUUUUCUUCAGCAUGGAUACAUGAGUUUCAUGGAAACAAGUAUUUUUCCCCGAUUGCGUGUUGUAUAAAUGAUCAACCUGUAGGUCCACCUCUCCCCAUCUGCCACGCAUCUACCACAUCUGUAAUUGAUUGUUGCUUCAAACUGAUGUUUGAAGGAGCAAGGACAUUCCAAUAUUCCAAAUAAUUCACAUUUUCUAGAUUUUUUUGGUCUUGCUAUCUUUUCUGCCUCCCCAGAUGGGUGGAGCUAGACUCAAGGAAAAGAAGAGGGUGAAAAAUAAGUGAUUGUAAUGAGCCCCACACUGUUUCACACACCACUCUGGAGCCUGUUAUGGGCACAGGCUAGCCAUUUCACACGCCACUUUCAGGAUGGUGCUUUUCUGCAUUAUCUCACUCUGUGGAAGUCAAUAAGAUCAAUAAACUCAUCAAUUUUAGAAGAGGGCUCCUUUCGUUGGUUAGAUUUUUUUUUUGCUCAUUUGAAAGCAAUGUGUUGUGAAGUUUUCAUUAAUACAGUUUAUAGCAGUUUACCACUCUUUGCAUUAAUACAGGCCUAUGAAAUCAACCUGUUCGGUUUCAAGAGCAGGCUUUUGUGAAGUGACAUGUCCGGUGUGCAGUAUUUGUCUGUGAAACUACUUGAGGUUAUGUCAAGGAUUCUUAAUUGCCACAGCAUCAGUUAGUCGGAAGUCAGUUUCGAGGAAAUCGGUAUAAAAAAUCUUCAGGGACACCCUUGCCUUCAUUCAGGCGAAAUGGACGGGGGAGCAUCUCCAUCCUCCUGUCGCUUGUUUCUUCACUCCAGAUGGUGUGAUAAACACGCCGUACAUGAUGUGAACCUCCAGACACAACACCGCCUCACAGGCAGUUAUACCGUGUGUGUAAUUACUCAUAACUAUUCUGGUUAGACAGACACGACUUUCUGUCUUGGUGGUUCAGCUGGAAAAGAUCGGGAAAGCGCAAUUUCGCAUUCGCCAAGUUUUUUAUUGGCAGAAAAUGCCUACAGAACAGGAAGACAAACUGCUAUUACAUACAUGAUCAUAGCUAUUAUGUUUGUCUUCAUGUUCUUUUUCUCCCCACAGAUCUAAACAGAAAAUAAAAACCUGUCUUUGAA